AUGGGCCUUGACAGUCUCCCUGCAGAGCUCCUUCAGCAGGUCCUGGGAUUUGUUUUCUGCCACGAUUGGCUGCUGUCUCCCCAUAGACGCAGCAAACUCAAUCUUAGGCUUGUUUGCAGAUAUUUUGAUCGUAAUAUCCGGCUCUACGCUUUUAGUAAACUUGACAUUGAUCACGGCGUCUUGCAGCAGACUGUCUGUAUGAAUGACCAAAUGGUUACUCGGUUACUCUUUGAGAUUGUGAAGGCUGGUGCUAAGAGCGAGAACGCUCUGGUAGCUGUUAUACUCAGAACUGCCCAAUUUACCGUGCGCUUGCUCCAAGAUAGCUCGCAUAAUGGAAACACGCUUAGUGAAAAAUACUGGCAUAUCCUCUGCUGUGUCACUGUGUCGAACCUGGGGAAAUACAACACUGUCGAACAGUUGAUACACGAUAAUGGCACUGACGACAUCUCCGAAAACGAGGAUUGUGCCGGCGCUCUAGUAGCAGCCGCCUAUGACGACGAUUUAUCACUUAUCAAUCGACUUAUAGGCGACAGCCUCGACGUCAACACCAGCACUAAGUACUUCGCAACCGCCUUACACUGGGCUGCACAUCGAGGUCACAUUGUGCUGGUGAACCUACUGCUCGAUAAGGGAGCACGGCCCAUGGCCAGAGACUCGUGUGAGCGAACGCCUUUGCACCUCGCCGCGUCACAAGGCCACAGCAUCGUUCUGAGACGACUCCUCAGCACAGAUGCUAGGAACGACGAGACGUGUGAUUAUGGGUUCUGUUCACUCUUUUCUACGUCAGAGGGCAUCUAUACCGCGGCGACAACGUCCCCAAAGCCAACCGAACCUGUUAAAGCGGACGCUAUUAAUGCAGACGCUAAAGAUAGAUUUCGACGAACACCACUCUCAUGGGCAUCGCAGGGAGGCCAUGAAGAAGUGGUUAAACUGUUAUUGGAACGAGAUGACGUCGACCCCGGUUCUACGACGCGAGACGGCUGGACACCGCUGUUAUGGGCAGCAAAAGCAGGACACGUCGAAGUGGUGAAGCAGUUACUGGCCUCCCCGAAUGUGAAACCUGAUGCCAAAGACAUGUUUGGCCAAACAGCACUAACGUGGGCAGCCAAGGAAGGACAAUAUGCAGUGGUGAAGCUCUUGUUAGAGCAAAACAAAGUGAAGGUGAAUUCUAAAGAUAAAUUUGGUCGAACUCCGUUUUCCUGGGCCGCUGCUGCGGGAUCUGAGGAUAUCGUCAAGCAGCUAUUGAUGCGGGAGAACGUUGAAGUUGACACAAAGGACGAAAAUGAUCGGACACCGCUUUAUCAUGCCACAGUGGCCGGACAAGAGCAUAUUGUAAAACUGUUACUCGCGCGAGAGGAUGUCAAUGCCAACCCUAUCGACGUGUUUGGCAACACACUUCUGUUAGAGGCAUCUCACAGCGGUCACAAGGCCUUGUUAGAACUGUUCUUGAUACGAAGUGGUGUGACCGUGAAUUGUCGUGACCAUGACGGGUGGACGCCACUCUCACGCGCCGCUUAUGCAGGUCAUGACGAAGUGGUCGAGCUGCUGUUGCGUCAAACAGGCAUCGAUGCUGACUUCAAGGACAGUUUCGGUGGAUCACCCCUAAUCUGGGCGGCAAAGGAAGGCCACAGUAUGGUAGUGAAGCUCUUGGCGCUGAGAAAGGAUGUGAAUGUGAACUCUAUAGACCACCUUGGUCGAACUGCGCUUUCAUGGGCCGCGGUAAAUGGACAUAGAAAGGCGAUUGAGUACCUAUUCACUCGAACAGACCUGAUUCUGUCUCAUCGGGACAAUGAUGGGCAGACGCCACUCAUAUUGGCAGCGGUGGAAGGGCGCCCCGGAAUAGUGAAACUUUUGGUGGAACGUGGUGGUGCGGAAAUAGACGGACGGGACAAGCGAGGCCAGACAGCUCUGCUUUGCGCAGCCAGAGGAGGACAUGAGGCAGUGUUCAAACUAUUAGCAGACCGAAAGGAGGUAGAAGCAGAUGCGAGAGACCAGCUGGGUCGGACUGCCCUUCUCUGGGCGGCAAUGGGAGGUCAUGAAAGCAUCGUGAGGCAAUUGGUCCACCGCGGGGAUGUCGAUCCGAACCCGCAGGAUAUCAACGGUGAGACGCCACUCAUCUGGGCAUCUCGAAGAAACCACGAGGGAGUGGCCAACCUGCUACGAGGAACGCUCGCUAAACCUCAUGGUUGUCGAGUUUAA